AUUCAUGCAACCAUCGAUACCAAUCUUAGAAUCCCUUUUGGUUCUGUGCUCUAUGUAUUCACUUACAUGUUACCCUAGAAUAGAAUAGACAAAUGAAAAUGGAAAGUUGUUGUGAGACAUUUCAAGAUGCUUCAAAGCUAUUAGACGGGCUCCGUGUGUUUGAUAACCAGGUCUAUGGCGUAGCUCAUGGCCUACUUAUGGGUCAUGGGCAAGGCAUAUGGGAUCAGGCUCAACUUUUUGAUGAACUUGAGCACAUGGAUUCUUCAACAGCAUCUGCAUUUUAUAAUGCUCUGACUGAUAUGUUGUGGCAUUUUGGUCAGAAACUUGGGACUCAAAUGGUUGUGAUUGAAGGGAGAAACCGAAAUGUGUGGAAAGGGGGCUGGUCUACUGAAUGCUUAGACCUACAUCUGACGUCUUGUGGAGCAGCCUGUGCAAUGGUGCAUUCAUGGUUGCUCGAAUUGCGAACCACUGUUUUUGGAGGACAGAAGCCACCUCCUAUAUUGAGCAUAUUAACUGGAUGGGGCAAGCAUAGCAAAGUAGUGGGCAACGGUGCUUUAAGAAAGGCUGUUGAGGCACUCCUGAAUGGCAUUGGUGCACCCUUUCAGAUAGCUGAGUGUAAUUUGGGGAGGUUUGUAUCAGACGGAACUGAAGUAGCUGCCUGGUUGAGACAACCCAGCACCCUGAAUGUGCUACUUCUCCAUGAUUACAUUGUUUAUUCUCAACCAGUUGAGAGAAACCAAACAUUUAACAUACCAUCUCUUGGAGCUUUGUAAUGAUCAAGAUUUUAAAUCAAGAUUCAAAUUAUGAAUUGCAAAGUUCAUUUUGAAAUCAUGAAUUGUAAUUUGUAUUGCACCGUGAGAGUAAGAGAAAUGAAAAGUAACUUCAAAUCUAAGUAAAACUUCUAUUCUGGAAGAAUGGAACCGAGACAAGG